UUUGUUCGAGGGUGGUCGUUUGCUCUCUCUCGUGGACACGAGGCUUGUAAUUUCAUGCGCGGCAGCAGAAGUGGAGAGGGUGGUGAUGGUUGCUCUUCACUGCACGCAGGCCUCUCCCUCGGCACGGCCAUCCAUGAGUAGCGUCGUUGGCAUGCUCCUGGGAAACCUCACCGUCACCACGGAAGUCGUCAAGCCAGGAUUCAUUCGCGAUCUCAGGAACUCGCAACGAAGACUUUGCACUAGCAACAAAAGUGUUUUGCGUGUGUGCCCGUCUUCCUAGGGCUUUCUUUCUAGGAAUGUAAUUUCGAUGAUAGCAUGGCGACGGUGACCUUGCUGCUACAUUUUGUUCCAAGCUCAAGAACAAGCAUAACAGCGUCAAGGAACCGCCAAAGGUCGAACAAAGUUUCUGGCGAUAAGCCAGCACAAGAAAAGCUUUCAAUCCCAGCGCCAUCGGAAGCACGAGAAAGCCCAGUAGCGUCUAAGGCAACGGCAGCACCGGCAAAGCGAGAAGCUGUGCUCAAUGCUUGUUUCCUCACGUCUGCUGGACUCGCCGCGGCAGGCUUGGCUCUCCGGCAGGCCUCUCAUUCUCUGGAAUUUCUGUCGAGGGAUUGUACAAGUUUGCUCGGAUAUGAGAUUCAUCCGUGGCAUUUUGGAGCAACUAUAGGCCUUGUAGCGUUUAUAUCUGCGCUACGACUGGGAUUGCUGGCGACCUGGCCAGACUUUGCUCAGUCGACCAAGACUGCGAACGAGCGGGUUCUGUCAUCCCUGGGGACGUGGGACUGUGCCGCAGUCGCGUUCUCCUCCGGCGUGGGUGAGGAGCUUUUGUUUCGAGGUGCAUUGCUACCACUUGUUGGAAUGGAUGCCAAGGGAGUUUUCGUCUCUGGAAUUGUUUUUGGAGCCCUGCACGUUACAGGUGGUAGAAACAUUGCCUUCGCAACAUGGGCGUCUUUCGUUGGGCUGCUUUACGGCUUUGCAGCCGUGUGGACAUCGGACUUAUGCGUGCCUAUGCUUGCUCACUCGUCUGCAAAUCUGGUAGCCGCUCUGUACUGGAAGUAUAAUAACGCCCGAGAAAAUCCUCGACUUGAUGUUUGACGGGUUUGUCUGAAUCCUCGUACUGUUCUCCAUCUUUUCAAUUUCUUGGUUUGACAUCUAUAACUGUAUAGCCGGAAGCUGACUGAGAGGCAUCUAUCAUGUCCAAGGAUGUCAUCCGCAAGGCGUUCAUAUAUAGAUAGAUAAGUAUGCGUCAAAGGAGCUUGCUUUCUUUCUAGCUCUAGCUUUCGGCACAAAGCACAGACGAGGGAACUAAAAUUUGGAUUC